AUGGAUCAAUUUGACAUUCCACCAAAUCAAACACUCUACGUCAACAAUCUGGAAGAAAAAAUAAAUGUGAAUGACUUGAGAUAUCUAUUGUAUGAAUUUUUUUCUCCAUAUGGAAAUGUAGUAGAUAUAGUUUUAAAGAAAUCCAAUAAAUCAAGAGGACAAGCAUUUGUCAUUUUUAGUAAUUUAGCAUCUUCAACCUUAGCGUAUAAAAAUUUAAAAGGAAAAUUAUUCUUAAAUAAAUAUAUAAAUAUAAAUUAUGCAAAAACAAAAUCGAGAAUAAUUGAAAAGUUUGAAGGAACAUACAAACCAAUUACCAACUAUAAAUCUGCAAAUAUAUAUGAACAUAAAUCAAAUUUUUUCACUCUCUUUGUUCAAAAUCUUCCAAAUGAAAUUAAUAAAAAUGCUUUAGAAAUUUUAUUUAAUCAAUAUCCAGGGUUUUGCGAAGUUAGAUAUAUUCCUGGUAGGAAUGUUGCAUUUAUUGAUUUCAAUUCAUUUCAAAGUGGUGAAAUUGCUAUGAAUGGCUUGCAGGGAUUUAAAGUAACUACUCAUUACCCCAUGAAAAUUUCCUGGUCUAAUUGA